AUGAAGAAGAACAAAAGGAAGUCUACUGCGAGGACCCGUGAGCAAGAAGCCUUCUGCAUCCCACCCCUGCAUGGUCCAGGAGAUUUCCAAAACGUGUUGGAUGGAGGGGAGUUUGCCCCUUUUGUGACUCCGCCCAUGUUAGAGGGCAACUUUAUCCAGGUCAACAGGAGAGGUGAAUCCAUCUACCUGCAUAACCGGGCCAACUGGGUGACGGUGGGCAUCUGCGCUUCCAGUCAUAGCCACAAGACCCCCAACGUGAUGUUGCUGGCACAUCUGGCCCCCACCGCCUGGAAAGAUCCAGAACCCCUGUUUAAAAGUCUCCUGACAUCUCAUUCUCCUGAGAAACUGGUGCUCACCAGGUUCCUCCCCCUGCAGUUUGUGACUCUGUCUGUGCAUGACGCAAAGACCAUGCGCCUCAAAGUAAAGCUGGUGAGUGGCCGAGCCUACUACCUACAGCUCUGCGCCCCCGCCAGCAAGCAGGACGCCUUGUUUUCUCAGUGGGAACGGCUCAUCUCCCUCCUGAAUCGGGAGAAAGCCAGAGCUUCCAAAGUGUCGGGAGUCUCAAGCCUCUCGGAAAUCACAAAUAGCACGGAUGUCACGGGCUCCAUGGACAUCAUGGACAUUGCAGCCCCACGGGCCCCGCAGCUGUACCCAGGCCCAGACCCGCCACGUGCUGUAGAGAGCGCCGAGUUCUCGGAAUUAACAGUCAUCACCGACAUCACCGAUGUCACAGAUGUUCCAGAAAAUGAGGUCGCUGAGGCCCCGGACAUCAAAAUUUUCACAGAAGUCACAGAAGUGACAGACCUCCAUGAUGUCACAAACAGUUCAGAGGUCAAAGUGGUCUUUGAAAAUGACGACAUACUAAGGGCCAAGGAAAAGGAACAAACAGAAAACAUCCUGCAGCCUGGCUGUGUACGAGAUACAGAAAGUAAGAAUGAGUUCAAAGCAUGCUCAGAACACAUCAGCAUCUUAAAUGCAACACUCCCUUUUGAAGGAGAAAAAUAUUUUCAUACUACCUUGACUCCAGGAAAAAGUGAGACAAAUACACUCAAAGAGAUGAGUGAUAAAACCUCAGAAAUAACGUCAACCGGUUUUAAAAGCACAGCUCUCAAGGCUGAAGAAUCCAGGAACAUGAGAACCGAUGCAAAUACUUCAGGAUUGUAUAGUUUUGCAAUUUUCCCUCUAAUUUGUAUUUCCUUCCCCUUUUUCACACUCUGA